AAUCGCGUGCCGCUGGCCUUGCUCCAGAAUUCUACCGGGCAGCUCCGCCAGAAAAUAAUCUCGUUGCUAAGGUCAAACCGUCAAACCUGAGAAUGCGUUGAAGUUAGUCAGUAGGUCGGUCACUCCGUCAGUGAAUGUGUCAUUCGGUUGAUUCGACGGACAGUCAAUCCGUCGGUCGACGGAUUCGCGGGAGGAUUGUGAAAGUGCGACAAACUGAUUUUUCGUCGGUCUGUUUUCCUUCGUUUGCCGAGAGCCAGUCUCUUGUUCCGUGUACGCGCCAAACACUUCCAUUUAAAGAGGCAAAUUCGAAGUGAAAGGAACAGUUUUGAGAUGGCUGACCAAGCUAAGAAGAGAGUUUGCAUCGUCGGCAGCGGAAACUGGGGCUCGGCUAUCGCAAAGAUCGUCGGUGCAAACGCGAUGAAGUACAAUAACAAAUUCGAGCCACGUGUAACUAUGUACGUCUACGAAGAAAUUGUGAAUGGCCAGAAGCUCACGGACAUUAUCAAUCAACUGCACGAGAACGUAAAAUAUCUGCCAGGGCACAAAUUACCAGAGAACGUCGUAGCGAUACCGGAUGUCGUCGAAGCAGCGAAGGAUGCCGAUAUUUUAAUAUUUGUAAUUCCUCACCAAUUUAUCAGAACACUAUGCGCGACGCUGUUGGAUAAAAUAAAACCGACCGCGGUCGGUCUCUCUCUUAUUAAGGGAUUUGACCGUGGCGACGGGACCAAUAUCGAACUGAUCUCGAAGAUAAUCGAGAAGAACCUGAGGAUUCAAUGUUACGUUCUGAUGGGAGCCAAUCUGGCGAACGAAGUGGCCGAGGAGAAGUUUUGCGAGACUACGAUAGGUUGUAGAGACAAACGCUUGGCACCCUUGAUGAGGGACCUGAUCCAGACGCCCAAUUUCAGAGUCGUGGUCGUAGAUGACUGUGAGUCAGUCGAAGUUUGCGGUGCUCUCAAGAACAUAGUCGCCUGCGCAGCCGGUUUCGUCGACGGUUUAGGAUAUGGUGAUAAUACGAAAGCGGCUGUGAUCAGGCUAGGCCUGAUGGAGAUGAUCAGGUUCGUCGACGUCUUCUUCCCAGGUGGCAAGCUCGCGACCUUCUUCGAGAGCUGCGGUAUCGCGGAUCUGAUCACCACUUGCUACGGCGGUAGAAAUCGGAGAGUGUGCGAGCAGUACGUGAAGACUGGGAAGACCAUCAAACAAUUAGAAGAUGAGCUUCUGAGUGGUCAGAAACUCCAAGGACCUGCCACGGCAGACGAAGUCCACGGCAUGUUAAAGGCAAAGAAUAUGCUGGAAAAGUUCCCGCUGUUCACGGCUGUUCAUCGCAUUUGCACGGAUCAAAUCAGACCAGCUGAUCUUCUGGACCAGAUACGUAACCAUCCCGAGCAUGUGUUCGCGCCGAAAACGUUGUACAUGUUCUAAAACGAAAAACCCCUGCCCCGCGUCCAUAUCGUUCCUUGUUCUACGAAACUGUCCGGUCGAAUCAAACGAACAAAAUCCCAUGUUAUGGCGGGAUCAAACGGAAGAGG